UCUAAAAGAACUUAACACAUCACAGACAGAGACGACGACGAAGUCGAAGCAUCAAAAGGAUGACGACGAACACCAGCACCGCCACAGUUCUUCCCUUACCCUUGCCCGUCAAUUCUGAUCUCUCCACACAUGUCUUCUACAGCUGUGGCUCUUGUGGUUACGACCUAAACCUCAAUUCCUGCAACCGUAACUUAACCGUCAUCGGCGAAACCUACGGCAAGUCGAUGAAAAGGGGACUCAUUUCAUUCUACUCUAUCGACCAGACCAGGUUCACUCAGACCACCAAACUCCGGUGGUGGCGAAUAUUCCGGCGCCGGCGAACCAAGUUACUAUGCAGAAACUGCGACACCUGCAUUGGCACCUGUCCUUCUUCUUCCUCAAAAAUGACCACUUGGGAUGGCAUGUCCACUCAAACACUCUACCAGAUCAAGAUUCGAUCACUCAGGCCCUUAGAUCAAUAAGCAAGAAAUUAUUACAUACUUGCAUAUGUUCUUCUUGUUAUGGACAAAAGUCACAAAACCAAAUCAUUCAUUUUCUCUACUUUCAGCUUCAAAUAUACAAAAUUAGUUGCAGCCCGGAUUCAUAAUCAUCUAUAAGGCUACUAAAAAGUCUGAAUCUUUAUGCUAAUCUAGUAGGAAUUU